AAAUCCCCCAAGAAUUCCAACUGAAUCAGCACAACAAUAAACCUCUGGAAAAUCAUCAAAAACAAUGGGAAUAAUCUGCGGAUUAGGCAAUGAAAAUGGGGAGAAGAAGGAAGCAAAACGAGGAGGAAGCAGAGCGGCUGUGUUUGUUUGUGUGACUGAAGGGCUGGAAAAUAUGGCAUUCGUGUCCUUGGCUCUGAGCCUGGUGACGUAUUUCAGUGGGUAUAUGAACUUCAGCUUGACGAAAUCGGCCACAACUCUCACCAACUUUAUGGGAACUACAUUUCUUCUCACGCUCCUCGGCGGUUUCAUUUCCGACACUUAUCUCUCAAGAUUCAAAACUUGCCUCAUCUUCGCUUCUAUUGAGUUCAUGGGAUAUGGUCUACUGACGGCGCAGGCGCAUUUCCGGGAGCUGAGGCCGGCGCCGUGCAAAGGGGCGGUGGCGAGGGAGUGCGAGGCGGCGGACGGUGGGCAGGAGGCAAUUCUCUACUUGGGGAUUUACCUCAUAGCGCUGGGAACGAGUGGGGUGAAAUCGGCGUUGCCGGCGUUGGGCGCCGAUCAGUUUGACGGCGGCGAUCCGGCGGAGGCGGGUAAAUUAUCGAGCUUUUUCAACUGGUUCUUGUUUAGCCUGACGACGGGGUCGAUCGUGGGGCUGACAUUAAUCGUGUGGAUAAACACGGACGUUGGAUGGGACUGGGCGUUUGUUGUGUGCAGCCUCGCGGUUGUAGCCGCCAUUGUUGCUGUGUGCUCCGGGAAGAAGUUUUAUCGGAAUAAUGCGCCUAAGGGAAGCCCCAUACAAAGGAUUUUUCAGGUGUUUGUAGCUUCAAUCCGAAAUAGGAAGCUUCCACUUCCAAAGAAUGCUGAUGAACUACAUGAGAUCCGUGACAAAGAAGCUGCCAUGCCAUAUGAAAUCCUUGAGAAAACUGAUCAAUUCAGAUUCUUGGACCGAGCGGCAAUUAUAAGGAAUUAUACAAGUGCUUCAAUGGCAGCUGAGCAGCAAGGGCCAUGGAGGCUCUGCACAGUAACACAGGUUGAAGAAACAAAGAUCUUAAUCCGAAUGCUCCCAAUUAUAGUCAGCACCAUUUUCAUGGCCACCUGCAUGGCUCAACUCCAAACAUUCUCCAUCCAACAAAGCAUAACCAUGGACUCCAAUUUCCUGGGAUUCAAAAUUCCCGGUCCCUCUGUCCCCGUCAUCCCUCUACUCUUCAUGUGCUUCUUGAUCCCAUUUUACGAGCGUGUUUUCGUUCCCCUGGCUCGAAAAAUCACCGGAAUCCCCACGGGAAUUCGGCACCUCCAGAGGAUCGGCAUUGGACUGGUACUCACUGCUGCAUCGAUGGCCAUUGCAGGGUUCGUCGAGACACGACGCAAGAACAUAGCGAUCGAACACGAUAUGGUGGAUAGUGAGGAGCCCUUGCCAAUGAGCGUGUUCUGGCUGAGUUUCCAAUUCUGCAUAUUUGGAAUGGGGGAUAUGUUCACUCUUGUAGGACUGCUGGAAUUCUUUUAUGCAGAGAGCUCUGCAGGGAUGAAGUCGUUGAGCACAGCCAUUGCUUGGUGUUCGAUCGCAUUCGGCUACUUCACGAGCACAGUGGUGGUGGAGGUGGUGAACAAGGCAAGCGGAGGGUGGCUGGAGAGCAACAAUCUCAACAGAGAUAAAUUGAACUAUUUCUAUUGGUUACUGUCAGUGUUGAGUGUGCUGAAUUUUGGGUUUUAUUUGAUGUGUGCUUCUUGGUAUAGAUAUAAGAAUGUGGAGAUUCUUCAGAAUGAUACUGAGGAAGAGAAGGAUGACAUAGCAAGAGGAGCAUAGGAACAUGUUUGGUUGCUGUCAUAUUCUAAAUCUAAUAUUUCUUGGUAUAUUUCCUUCUCGUGGUGUGUGAGAUUCAUGUCAUCAAAUAUAGGGGCGCUAUCGAGCAAGAAAAGGCCCAUCAACUAAUUCUGCUACGAUUGACCCAUCAUAUCAUUCUAAGAAACAGACGAUACCAAUUAUCUUAAAAUGUCUAUAUAUUCAAAUAAACAUAUUCCAUCUUCUUCUUCUUUCAUAGUUACAGGAAAGUGAAAGUACAGCACAAAACACACGAAAAUAAACAAACAUUACUAUGAAAUUUGUUCAUUACUACGAUAAAUUUGCUGCGUAUGUCUCCUUUCGUCUCAGCCACAUGUCCACAAUGACUGAAGCAAUAGAGCGAGCUGAAGUUGAGCAAUGCUCAUCCCCUAGCCUUUUUGACAGUUCCUGGAACACGCAAACCCUUCAAAGACUUGAAAACUAAGGUUCCAGAAUACAGAGUUGGGAGGCUAAAGAUGAGUUCCCCUCUACUUUUUUCCUUUCUUUUCUUCUUUUUUUUUUCAAUUUUUUGUUUCUUGUCCCAAUUUGGAUGAAGAAUAGCAUAGGUUACAACACCACGAGGGACGAG